CUGAUGCCACGUUGUUCCUGUGUGUGGGUGAUGAUGAUUAUCACAUGUUAAAUGCAGCUUUGGAUGGCUUGUCAAGGAAAGCCGAGGCAGAGGAGUACUUCAACAUCAUUGUGUACAAUGAUUCCAUCCAUCAGUUAAAGGAGCUCAAACCUAUACACAUUACAUCGGAUAACAUCAGACAUGCUAGAGAUUUCGUCAGUUCUUGGGAGGCUGAUGGAGAUGCCCACAUCAGUCAUGCCCUUAGUGAGGCUGUGGCAACAGUCAAUUCAAUACCGGACUUGCGACUCCAUCAACAGUUUUCCUCCUAUCCACCGCUGCUAACUCAGUGCAGGACAUUGCACCAGACAUAAUCCUGGAGGAUGUAAAGAACAACAAGCAUAGGGACUUCACUCUUCACACGCUAGCCGUUGGAGACAGUGCAGACUCAACUUUCCUGCAGCGACUAGCAGCACAUCAUGGUGGUGAGAGCCUACAUGUAUCACCAGCAGAGGGCGCUACUGAAGCACAGGAACUGUUGUCGAGGUUUAUCACGAAUCGACUCCGUCCCUCCGCCACCGACGUCACCAUCAGUUACCAUGACGACGAAAGUCGACCCCGGCCUCACUCACGGAUACCGCAUUCAAGACUACUAUGGCCAGUCGCAGUUGGUCGUUGCAGGCAAGCUGCGCACGGCCAAUCAGACGUCGCUGAUUGCCAACGUCGAGAUGAGCGUGCCUGACCGAAUCGCUCGUGUGCUGAAGGUCAACCCGCAGGAGAGCGGAGUAGGUGGUGGCGCCCCCACACGGCAAAACUAUGCACACAAGGUGUGGGCCCACCUCAAGAUACGCGAGCUGGCACGGCAACUGCUGCUGGCGAGAGGAGAUAAGGGUCAACGCCCUUGCUGGCCUCUCUGCAGACAUUGCCACCGCGGUAGGUUGCACGAAGGCUAUCUACUGCCGAUCACUUACAUGGUUAUCGACGACCAGAGCCUGGGAACCAACUCCUCAUUCUCAACUGCGUAUGCUGACACCAUGUGGGGUCGCGAGAACAGGCGUAUUGCUGAGGAGAUUGAACUUGUCUUGCCAGCCACAGCACUACCGCAGCGGAAGCAGAUGCAUCUUGACGCCACGGCAGUCACGAGCGACCCACUCUCUGUCUACCUUAAGUGGAAUACUCCGGCCGAUAUUGAGUCAAGUUACUACGUGCAUUACACGACAAAUAACUCCCUGCCGGAAGAAGAAUGGGACGUCAUGCAUGGUUCCCAGCGCACGGCAGACAUCCUUACAAACCUAUCUCCCGAGACAACCUACUUCAUUAAGGUCACAUUAGAGAAUGGGCAUUCUAGCGACACUGUUCAUUUCACCACUUCGCUGGUUCCAGCUAAUUCUCCUGUUAACAUAAAGUCACUUGACAUCAAGUCGGAGAUUGGCUAUCGCUAUGCAAAGACCUUCAUCAACAUGCACUUUCAAAACUUUGCUCUUGAGUCACAAGAGACCUUGUUCAAUAUACAGAUUCCAAAGACUGCGAUCAUAGUCAAUUUCACUAUGGAGACGGAUGGAAAUAUUUAUACGGGUCUUGUAAAAGAGUUCAAGAAAGCUGAAGAGACAUAUAGAAAAGCCAAGAAGGAAAAGAAAGGAGCUGCAAUAGUAACUGCUGAGCCACGGGAUGCAAAGGCAUUCAAUUUGCGGUUGAAUGUAAAGCCGCGUUCGGUCACAGUGUGCAGACUGGAGUAUGAGCAGCUACUGGAGCGUAAGUUGGGUGUCUAUGAGCACGCUAUCAUACUCAAACCCAAUCAGCUGGUACGAGACCUAAAGGUGAAUGUAUAUAUCACGGAGCCUCAGCCUAUUACAUAUCUGCAUGUGCCACCACUACGAGCCAUUACUGGAGUAAUAGAUGAGGAUAGGGAGAAGGCAGAUAACCAAGUGGCAAUGGUGCAACAUGACUCCGGAAGUGGCGUUGCAUGGGUGUCGUAUAGUCCAACCCUACAGCAGCAGAUGGAAUUUUUGGGAGGCAGUGUAGAAGGCCAACUGAUAUUGAAGUAUGACAUUGCCAAUGACAAGAAGACAGGAGACAUACAGGUACAUCUACAUACGAAUAUUUUACAAAAAGAUGACCCGCUCAAAUAG